AUGCACAUGCUAGAAACACUGCUGGAUGGGAUGAGGGAGUUUCUGUUGAAAAAAGAAACUAAACACAUCCAAGACGCAUUGGACGAGAUUCGAUGUCUCCUCGACUACGACACGUUAAACAUGGCCAUCUUCACUUUCUCCGACUCCAUUCAACCGGUGCUACGUCGACUGGACAUCAAACCGCAUUGGAUGUUCGCAUUGUCGAAUUUGAUCCAAAGUGCCCGUCCAAACCGCCAUCUCCCUGCUCAGCCCGGACGGGUCUCAGCGCAAUUACAUGUUCAAGACGUGACCACGUCGGUCGGUCAGCGUACCUCGGUUUCUCGAGAAUCUGGCCAAUCGGAGCUGGAAAUUGUGGACAGCAGUCGGCCACCGUCUAGGGAGGAGAAACGUGAGGAGCGUAAAGAAUACCUGAACAGCGCAUCAUCGACGCGAACGAUAAAAGCUGAGGAAAAGGGAGCUUGCGGAUUGUUUCAUUUCUCACGUCACUUAGUUGCAUCAACUGAUAGCCGCACAAGAGGAACUGAAAUAACACUUGAUAUCGGAUGCGUUGACGAACGGCGUGACAGCUACCUGGCGAGGUGCACCGUACCGCAGUACGUAUCCUCCGACAGGAUUCCCACCACUUUCCCCGAAGUGGUAGUUUAG